ACUCCUUCCCCACUUGACCUCCUAAUCCGACGUCGAAUAGGUGUACAGAGGAAGCUGCACAUCAAUGGCUGACACACUCAAACCCGUACAAGAAAGAGCAUCGUCAUUUCACGCAACAGGACAGACAUCCUCUUGCACUCCUUUCCAGGAAGACACCGCUCCUUAAAUAUCCGCCACAGCCUCACAAGUUCCUGCCCUCUCUCUCUCUCUCUCCCUCUCUCUCUAUAAGCAACCAUGGGGAGGGAAGGACAGGAGACAAGCCUGAGCUCACCAUUGAUAGAGUCAGAUGGUGAAGAUGGUGUUGUGAGAUCAUUAGCAUCGAAUGAGGGAGAGAAAGAGAAGGGUGUCGGGUGGAGGAGUGAGGUUCUUGUUGAGAUAAAGAAGCAGGCAUGGCUUGCUGGUCCGCUCAUAUCGGUGAGCUUGUUGUUCUACAGCUUGCAGAUGAUCUCUCUCAUGUUUGUGGGUCAUCUUGGCGAGCUGCCACUCUCCGGCGCUUCCAUGGCCACCUCCUUCGCCACCGUCACCGGUUUCAGCUUACUGAUGGGGAUGGCCAGCGCAUUGGAAACGUUCUGUGGUCAAUCAUACGGGGCGAGGCAAUUUCAUAGGCUUGGUGUUGACAUGCAGAGAGCUAUGUUCAUCCUUCUACUAGUGAGCAUACCUCUUGCUUGCAUCUGGGCAUAUACGAGAAUUAUACUAGAAGCAUUCGGUCAACAAGCAGACAUAGCAGAGGAAGCGGGAACGUAUGCCCGUUACAUGAUCCCGUCCCUUUUUGCUUACGGCCUUCUUCAAUGCCUAGUCAAGUUCUUGCAGACUCAGAACAUCAUCAUCCCUAUGGUGCUAACCUCGGCAGCUGCUACUCUAAUGCAUAUCCCCCUCUGUUGGGUUCUGGUCAUGAAAACCGGCCUUGGAAGCAGAGGAGCGGCCUUGGCGAAUUCAAUAUCGUAUUGGAUGAAUGUGUUGCUAAUGGCACUUUAUGUGAAGUUCUCUUCUUCGUGCUCCAAGACUUGGACUGGGUUUUCGAAGGAAGCCUUUCACAAUAUUCUCACAUUCCUUAGACUUGCCAUUCCUUCCGCAGUAAUGGUCUGCUUGGAGAUGUGGUCAUUCGAGAUGAUGGUGCUCCUCUCUGGACUUCUCCCGGACCCGACAUUGGAAACUGCGGUGCUUUCUAUCAGUCUCAACACUGCCGCAACAGUUUGGAUGAUCCCUUUCGGACUCAGCGGGGCUGUGAGCACUCGUGUUUCAAAUGAACUAGGGGCUGGGAAGCCUCAGGCUGCGCGUUUAGCAGUGUACGUGGUCCUCUCCGUGGCCGUAACCGAAGGAAUUCUGGUCGGAAUAGUUUUGAUCUCGAUAAGAAAAGUAUGGGGCUAUGCUUACAGUGACGAGACAGACGUGGUCAAAUACGUAGCCAUCAUGAUGCCGAUUCUAGCAGUUUCUAACUUCUUGGAUGGACUCCAAUGCGUCCUUUCAGGAACCGCUAGAGGAUGUGGUUGGCAAAAGAUUGGUGCCUAUGUCAACCUGGGGUCUUAUUACUUGAUUGGCAUUCCAUCUGCAAUAGUGCUAGCUUUUGUUCUCCAUGUUGGUGGAAAGGGUCUCUGGCUAGGAAUUAUCUGCGCGCUAGUUGUGCAAGUGUUCUGUCUUUUCUGCAUCUUUCUCCGUACGAACUGGGACCAAGAGGCAAAGAAGGCUGCUGAGAGAGUGCAUGACUCCACCAUCCCCACAUGACAGUGUCAUAGAGCAGAAAAAAACUGAAAGGAAAAAUCUAUUUUGGUAGUUUUUCUUGGAAAAACUCAGAAUAUGUGAAGAUUGAGAAAGCAAAGAGAAAAAUGCUGUACCCGAAGAAUUGUGGAAGAAAUUGCAGAGUUGCAGUAAUUAGUGCAGUUCAAUUCCCCCAGUUAUGGUCCAAAGUAAGGAAGAGUCAGGCUGUGUAAGCUGACCUAAGGCAGGCGUGAAGUGUUAACGAAUGGAAAUGACAAGAAGUGAAGAGAGUAGUAGUAUUAUGACAUUAUGAAGGAGCUAUCCCCCGACUAUAAUAGUUACUUUUUACCAUCUGAAUAAUCAUCAAUUUUGAUUCUGAUUUGAAUGUAGGUGCUUACUCAUUGAAUUCUUGAAUGGAGUAUAAAUUUGAGAAGCCUUAAUCUCUUUAUAAA